AUGUCUGACUCAGUAAUUCUUCGCAGCGUGAAGAAAUCUGGAGAGGACAAUCAUGGUUUUGAGUCAGAUAGAUCAUAUGACAAUGAUAAGAAAUCAAAGUUAGAAGAUAAGAAGAAGAAAGGUGGCAGCAGUCAAAUUGGCUUCUUUCAAUUGUUUCGAUUUUCUUCAAAGACUGACAUUUGGCUGAUGUCUGUGGGAAGUUUAUGUGCAUUUCUCCAUGGAGUAGCCUAUCCAGGCGUGCUACUGAUUUUUGGCACAAUGACAGAUGUUUCUAUUGAGUAUGACAUGGAAUUACAAGAACUCAAGAUCCCUGGAAAAGCAUGUGUGAAUAACACGAUAGUAUGGACCAACAGCUCCCUCUACCAGAACGUGACAAAUGGAACGCGCUGUGGGUUUCUGGACAUUGAAAGUGAAAUGGUCAAGUUUGCCAGUUACUAUGCUGGCAUCGCUGUCGCGGUACUUGUCACAGGAUAUAUUCAAAUAUGCUUUUGGGUAAUUGCUGCAGCUCGCCAGAUACAGAAAAUGAGAAAACUGUACUUUAGGAGAAUAAUGAGAAUGGAAAUAGGAUGGUUCGACUGCAAUUCAGUGGGAGAGCUGAAUACAAGAUUUUCUGAUGAUAUUAACAAAAUCAAUGAUGCCAUUGCCGACCAGAUGGCCAUUUUCAUUCAGCGCAUGACCACGAGCGUCUGUGGGUUCCUGCUGGGAUUUUACCGGGGUUGGAAACUGACCUUGGUUAUUAUCUCUGUCAGCCCUCUCAUUGGGAUUGGAGCAGCCGUCAUUGGUCUGAGUGUGUCCAAGUUUACAGACCAUGAAUUGAGGGCCUAUGCCAAAGCAGGGGCAGUGGCUGAUGAAGUCAUCUCAUCUAUUCCAACAGUGGCUGCUUAUGGUGGUGAGAAAAAAGAGGUUGAAAGGUAUGAGAAAAAUCUUGUGUUUGCCCAGCGUUGGGGAAUUAGAAAAGGGAUAGUGAUGGGAUUCUUUACUGGAUUCAUGUGGUGUCUCAUCUUCUUGUGUUACGCUCUGGCCUUCUGGUAUGGCUCCAGACUCAUCCUGGAUGAUGGAGAAUAUACAGCAGGAACACUUGUCCAGAUUUUCCUCAGUGUCAUAGUAGGAGCUUUAAAUCUUGGCAAUGCCUCUUCCUGUUUGGAAGCCUUUGCGGCUGGCCGUGCAGCAGCCACCAGCAUUUUUGAGACAAUGGACCGGAAACCCCUCAUUGACUGCAUGUCAGAAGAUGGUUACAAGUUGGAUCGAAUUAAGGGUGAAAUUGAAUUCCAUAAUGUGACCUUCCACUAUCCUUCCAGACCAGAGGUGAAGAUUUUAAAUAACUUAAGCAUGGUCAUUAAAUCAGGGGAAAUGACAGCUAUGGUAGGAUCCAGUGGAGCUGGGAAAAGCACGGCACUGCAGCUCAUUCAGCGAUUCUAUGACCCCAGUGAAGGCAUGGUGACCUUGGAUGGCCAUGACAUUCGCUCUCUUAACAUUCAGUGGCUUAGAGCUCAGAUCGGGAUAGUGGAGCAAGAGCCUGUUUUGUUUUCCACCACCAUUGCAGAGAAUAUUCGCUAUGGCAGAGAAGAUGCAACGAUGGAAGAUAUAGUCCGAGCUGCCAAGGAAGCCAAUGCCUACAGCUUCAUCAUGGACCUGCCACAGCAAUUUGACACUCUUGUUGGAGAAGGAGGAGGCCAGAUGAGUGGCGGCCAGAAACAAAGACUAGCCAUUGCUAGAGCCCUUGUCCGAAACCCGAAGAUCCUACUUUUGGACAUGGCCACCUCGGCACUGGACAAUGAGAGUGAAGCCAUGGUGCAAGAGGCACUGAGUAAGGUUCAGCAUGGGCUCACAAUCAUUUCUGUCGCUCAUCGCCUAUCCACGGUUAGAGCUGCAGACGUCAUUAUUGGUUUUGAACGUGGUACAGCAGUGGAAAGAGGCACCCAUGAAGAACUGUUGGAAAGGAAAGGAGUUUACUUCACUCUAAUGACUUUGCAAAGUCAAGGAGAUCAAGCCUUUAAUGAAAAAGACAUAAAGGGAAAAGAUGAAACUGAAGAUACCUUACUUGAGAGAAAACAGACCUUUAGCAGAGGGAGCUACCAAGCUAGCUUAAGAGCUUCCAUCCGGCAACGGUCCAAGUCUCAGCUUUCUUACCUGGGACCUGAACCUCCAUUAGCACUUGUAGAUCAUAAGUCUACUUAUGAAGAGGACAGAAAGGACAAGAACAUUCCUGUGGAAGAAGAAAUUGAACCUGCCCCAGUUAGGAGGAUUCUGAAAGUUAAUGCUCCAGAAUGGCCCUACAUGCUGGUAGGGGCUGUGGGCGCAGCUGUCAAUGGGACAGUCACACCCUUCUAUGCCUUCUUCUUCAGCCAGAUUCUUGGGAUUUUUUCAAUUCCUGAUAAAGAAGAACAAAGGUCACAGAUCCAUGGUGUGUGCCUGUUUUUUGUAGCAAUAGGCUGUGUAUCUUUUUGCACUCAAUUUCUGCAGGGAUAUGCUUUUGCUAAAUCCGGGGAACUCCUCACAAAAAGGCUACGUAAAUUGGGUUUCAGAGCAAUGUUAGGGCAAGACAUUGGCUGGUUUGAUGACCUCAGAAAUAGCCCUGGAGCACUGACAACAAGGCUUGCUACAGAUGCUUCUCAAGUUCAAGGGGCUGCCGGCUCUCAGAUUGGGAUGAUGGUCAAUUCCUUCACUAACAUCACCGUGGCCAUGAUCAUCGCCUUCUUCUUUAGCUGGAAGCUAAGCCUGGUCAUAGUGUGCUUCUUCCCCUUCCUGGCUUUAUCGGGAGCCAUACAGACCAAAAUGUUGAUGGGAUUUGCCACUCAUGACAAGCAGGCUCUGGAGGUCGCAGGACAGAUUACAAACGAAGCCCUCAGUAAUAUUCGCACUGUGGCUGGGAUUGGAAAGGAGAGGCAGUUUAUAGAAGUGUUUGAGACUGAACUGGAGAAGCCAUACAAGACAGCCAUCCGAAAAGCAAAUGUUUACGGAUUCUGCUUUGGUUUUUCCCAGUGCAUUGUGUUUGUUGCUAAUUCUGCUUCCUACAGAUAUGGAGGUUACUUAAUUCCCAAUGAGGGGCUCCAUUUCAGCUAUGUGUUCAGGGUGAUCUCUUCAGUUGUACUGAGUGCGACAGCUCUUGGGAGAGCCUUCUCUUAUACCCCAAGUUAUGCCAAAGCUAAAAUCUCAGCCGCACGCUUUUUCCAACUGCUGGACCGACAACCCACAAUCAAGGUGUAUAGUAGUGCGGGUGAAAGAUGGGACAACUUCCAGGGGCAGAUUGACUUUGUUGACUGUAAAUUUACAUAUCCUUCCCGACCUGAUAUACAAGUUCUGAAUGGCCUCUCAGUGUCUGUUGGUCCAGGGCAAACCCUGGCAUUUGUUGGAAGCAGUGGAUGUGGUAAAAGCACCAGUAUUCAGCUGUUGGAACGUUUCUAUGAUCCUGACCAAGGGAAGGUGAUGAUAGAUGGGCAUGACAGCAAAAAUGUAAACGUCCAGUUUCUCCGCUCGAAGAUUGGAAUCGUUUCCCAGGAACCAGUGUUGUUUGCCUGUAGCAUAGUGGACAAUAUCAAGUAUGGAGACAACACCAAAGAAAUCCCCACGGAAAAAGUCAUAGAAGCCGCAAAGCAGGCUCAGCUGCAUGACUUUGUCAUGUCCCUUCCAGAGAAAUAUGAAACUAAUGUUGGGUCCCAGGGGUCUCAACUCUCUCGAGGGGAGAAACAACGCAUUGCUAUUGCUCGGGCCAUCAUACGAGAUCCUAAAAUCUUGCUACUAGAUGAAGCUACUUCUGCCUUGGACACAGAAAGUGAAAAGACGGUGCAGGUCGCCUUGGACAAAGCCAGAGAAGGUCGGACCUGCAUUGUCAUUGCCCAUCGUUUGUCCACCAUCCGGAACUCGGAUAUCAUUGCUGUCAUGUCACAGGGGAUAGUAAUUGAAAAGGGGACCCAUGAAGAACUGAUGGCCCAGAAAGGAGCCUACUACAAACUAGUCACCACAGGAGCCCCCAUCAGUUGA